AUGCGAUUUCCCUUGCGACUUUCCUUGCUGAUCCCGGCACUGGUACUCCUCGUCGCAUUGAGCCUCAAAUGCCGCUCUUCGUCUGCUGUCCUCAUGCCUGAAACCCCGUCGCCAGAUGAAGUCGCAGCGUCCCUGCUUGCUUCACAUGGAUUGAAGCUUCAAUCGCUUAGGACUAUACAGUCAUUGUGGGCUGGCUAUGGCGAAAUCUGCCGCGUCACCGCCACCCCGGACAGCUCGCGAAACUCUUCAGUGGAAUCAUCGCGUACGACAUCGACAAGCAACUCGACGAAUUCUAUACCACAAAAAUUACAGACAUACAUAUUGAAACUGGUCACUCCACCGCCGACCAAAUCAGGUGAUGAAGGUCACACCAGGAAAAUCCUGAGUUAUCAGGUUGAACAGUUUUUCUACAGCCAUCUUGCUCCACAGAUGCCCCCAUCGCUUCCAGUUGCUAAAUGUCUUGGGAGCAUUAAACAACAUAACAAGAAUGGAUCAACAAUUACAGCGACAUUGUUGAGCGAUCUCCUCGUGCAAUACCCCGUUGCAGGAGAGAAGCGCGACGUGCUCUCCGUGACUCAAGCGCACGCAGCAUUAGACUGGCUCUCGGAAUUCCACGGCUUCUGGUGGCCACGCGCGAAAGAGUUUAAGCGCUCGUCUUUAGUGUUACCGCCUCUCGAAGAAGUUCGGCGUGAUGGUCAAGACGCGACUGAUAAGACCAUCUGGCUCAACGGUGGCUACACAUACCUUGCGACACGCCGAACAGAAUACAACAAACUUAGAAACAAUCCUCGUGCCGAAUGGAGCAAGCCAAUCACUGGUUACAUCAACGGAGAAAGCGUUUCCAUCGCUGAGAUCGUGGCUGCAUAUCUUGAACCGAAGCUAUCGGGAUGGGAGCCUACUCGAGAGUACCAAACACUUAUUCAUGGUGAUGUCAAAUCCGAGAACUUGUUCACUAGUGUUUCGGGAGCAGAAGUUGCGUUUUACGACUUCCAGUACACCGGGCUCGGUUUGGGUGUCUGUGACUUGGCUAAGCUCUUUACGUGCUCAAUACCGUUGAGCAUGCUUGUAGCCGAUAGUCAAAUUCCUCGUGAGCUGAAGAUGCAACACGGAGAGAAAGUGCUACUGAAGAGAUAUUGGACACGACUAAAGGAGACUAGCGGGAAGGAGUACGACUGGGCUGUCUUCGUUCAGCAUUGGGAGACUGCGUUAGUCGAUUGGCUGCGCUUUCAGGCGAGCUGGGGAUUUUGGGGCAACGUGGAGUGGCUGGGGGCACGCGUGAGGAGUAUUCUAAGCGAUGAUGAAUGA